UUGUCGCAUUUUCACUGUUACAAUUCAUCCGAACAGUUUGCGUUCGUAAACCUCAGGAAACAUCGCAAUACAAAAAUGUUUCACGGAUUUGAUAUUGGCUGCACCAUUCUUAUAAUCAUCACAACAGCUGGCUUGACAGCCGGACGCAUCGGUUGUCCGAAUGGUCAGCCGGUAUAUAACUGUCUCCGUUCACCGUGUUCUGUCAGCUCCUGCCCGGCCUUUCCAGGUGCCGAAUGUCGCGAUGAUUACUGCGGCGGAUGCAAUGCCCGCUAUUAUGUUAACAACCGACAAGUCAAUUGCGCCAGCUCCGGAGCCGUCUCCCGUAGGAAGCGAGAGGAGCACUGUCCGUUUGUGAAAUGUCCGCCCCCGGACAUCCCGUGUCCGCAUUCGCCGUGCGCUAACCAACAUUGUCCGGCGUAUCCCAGCGCUCUCUGCUGCCACUUGCCGUGCGAUCCCCCAUGCUCCUUCUCCUGGUAUGUGGGCAACCAGGAUGUGACCGAAGAUUGUUGGAACGUUGAUCCGAAUCCGCAACCGGAAGGGCCGCUCAAUCCUAUCACCUAGAAACGGAGUUAUCAUAAAAGCAUGCUUCUGACCUAACUUUCCGGCUUAUUAUUUUGUAAUGUUAAAUUGCGCUCUUUUUGUUGCUGCUGUACAACAGUUGUACGGAAGCACUAUUAGUGGUGCGAAACCUGAAAACGCCAAAUUUUUCAGCGUUUUCCAGUUGAGUGCCAUCGCAUACAAUGGGUAAAUUUAAUUUUCUGUAUAUACGAGAAAUAUCUGAAUACAUAGCGCAAGAAUGCAUUUUGGGUUGGCACGAUGUUGUUCGCAUAAAAUCACAAAUUAUUGUAUCAGUACU